UUGGUAAUGACUUCAUAUUAGCAGUAGCCGUGCGAAACUUCACCGUGUACCGAACUCUUUCAUUCCUUGUUUAGAGAGAUGGCAGACAACAAGCUCUACGAAAUACUCGGAGUUAGCAGAUCGGCUUCUGAUAACGAAAUUAAAAAGCAAUACCGGAAGCUCGCCAAGGAGUAUCACCCUGAUAAGAAUCCACAAGCUGGUGAUAAAUUUAAGGAGAUAUCAUACGCGUAUGAAGUUCUUUCUGAUCCAAAAAAACGCCAAGUUUACGAUAAAUAUGGGUUGAAGGGAAUGCAAGAAGGAGCCCAAGAAGGUGGUUUUGGGGGAGAUUUAUUUUCUCAUCUUUUUGGUGGUGAUUUAUUUGGUGGAUUUCCCGGAUUUGGACCUGGAGUUAGACGACAAAGACAAAGGGGUGAAGAUACGAUUCAUCCUUUAAAAGUGUCUUUGGAAGAUAUGUAUAAUGGAAAAACGGCUAAAUUACAGUUGAGUAAAAAUGUUAUUUGUGCGUCAUGUCGUGGAAAAGGAGGUAAAACAGGAGCUGUUCAACCAUGUCGAACGUGUAAAGGUUGUGGGGUAAAAGUAAGUUAUCGUCAAUUAGCCCCUGGUAUGACCCAACAAAUGCAAUCAAGAUGUUCCGAUUGUCAAGGUGAAGGAGAAGUUAUUAAUGAAAAAGAUCGCUGCCCUACAUGUCAUGGCAAAAAAGUUUGUAAUGAAACUAAAAUAUUAGAGGUUCAUGUUGAUAAAGGUAUGACAGAAAAUCAAAAGAUAUUUUUCCGCGGAGAAGGUGAUCAACAACCGGAUGUUGAACCUGGAGAUGUUGUAAUUAUACUUCAGCAAAAAUCACAUGAAAAGUUCCAAAGGAAUGGUGACGAUUUGUACUUUAAUUACACAAUAAAUUUAACAGAGGCUUUAUGUGGAUUUAGUUUUGUUGUACAUCAUUUAGAUGGAAGAGAUUUGGUGGUAAAACAUCCUCCAGGUCAAGUUAUAAAGCCGGGUGAUGUUAAGGCUGUUGUCGGUGAAGGAAUGCCCCAUUAUAAAAAUCCAUUCGAAAAAGGAAAUUUAUACGUCACUUUUGAUAUAAAAUUCCCAGAAAAGAACUUUACAUCUGAAAAUAAAUUGAAAUUAUUGGAGACUUUACUACCUCCAAGACCAGAUUUUAAAAAACCAGUUGGGGAACAUGUUGAAGAUGUAGAUUUGAUGGAUUACGAUUUAAAUGAAAGAGCAACAAGUAGCGGAAGGGGCGAAGCUUACGCCAGUGACGAUGAAGAACACAUGCAUGGAGGACCGGGGAUACAAUGCGCCCAUCAAUAGUUAAAUUUUCUCUAUAUAUAUUAUUAUAUAGUUUAAAACAAAAAAAAGUUGUCCUGCUUCUUUCUAAAUAAGGAUAUUUAUAUUUUACUUUGUAAUGAUAAUAAUACUAUCGAUGUUGUAGAAGUACGGGUUGUACCGGAAAUUUAAACUAAUUUUAUUAAUUUUUUUUUCGUUUAUUUUUUGUCGCGAUAGAAACAUUUGGGUUUUUUAAAAACGAAAUUGAUUAAAAAAUAUGUAGAACAAUGUAUUAUAUUAUUAUACACAAUUUCUGGAGUAUUUCAAAUGGUUCUUUUUUUCUUAUUAUUAUUAAAAAAAAAAUUAAUUAAA